AUGGUGGACGGCAAGUUGGCUGCUGUCCGGAAACAGGUUCUGCACCGUUCACGGUCGACUUGCUUGAGGCUCCAGGCUGCACCUUCGCGUAAGGGCCGUGGGGCGAAGACAGCGGUGGGUGGGGUGUUCGACCGGCUGCGGCAGGCGGGCGGCGGGUCGGCGCUGGAGAAGCUGCGCGCCGUGGCGGGCGACGCGUCGGCGCCGGGGCUGGCGCUGGCCGCCGCGGACGCGGCGGCGCUGCAGGCCGAGGUGAGCGUCGUCUUCCACUGCGCCGCCAGCGUCAGCUUCCGCCAGCCGCUGGCCGCCGCCCUGCUGCUCAACGUGCGCGGCACCAGGGAGGUCGCGCUGCUCGCCACGCGCAUGCGCCGGCUGCAGGCAUUUGUGCAUGUCUCAACAGCAUACAGUAACUGUGACCAUAAAGCACCACAAGAAAUUGUGUAUCCUGCCCGUGGCAACUACAUGAAACUAAUAGAACUUGCAGAGAAUAUGGAUCCUGAAAAUCUUGAGAAACUGACUCCAGAGUUGCUGGGAAAUCUACCCAACACAUAUGUUUACACAAAAUCACUUGCUGAAAACGUGAUAAAUGACUUUAGAGACUUGUUACCAGUGGCAAUACUUAGACCGUCAAUAGUUUGUCCUGCCUUGAAAGACCCAUUCCCAGGAUGGGUGGAUACCCAUAAUGGACCUAUGGGAUUAUUAAUUGGAGCUUCCUCGGGAAUCCUGCGGUCAUUGCGAGGUGACGGUAACAUGCAUACUGAUCUUCUGCCAGUGGACUUUGUUGCCAAUUCCCUGAUAGCAGCUGCAUGGGACACAGCUGUCAACAAGUGGUGUAAAAUGCCAGUAUACAACUGUACAACAAGUUCAGAUAUGCCAGUGACAUGGAAUGAACUUGUAAAGAUUGGACAAGAUCUGUACACACAGUUUCCCUCCCCAAAGAUGCUGUGGUACCCCAGUGGAGCCAUUCAUCGAAACUGUAUUGUGUACAUCAUAUGUCUUGUCCUGUUCCAGUUUCUACCAGCAAUCAUUGUUGAUGCGGCAUUUGUACUUUCUGGGAAGAAACCAUGGUUAUUUAAACUACAAAAGAAAAUAUAUGAAGCUGGAGAGAAUGUGAAAUAUUUCAUUCUUAAUGAGUGGUCAUUUCCAAACCAGAAUCUUAAAGACCUUCAGCACAGGCUAAAUAAACAUGACCAGCAGCAAUUUAGUUUUGAUGCAACAAGGAUUGACAUAUCUGAUUACAUAAAACUGUGGGUACUUGGUUAUAGGAGGUUCAUAUUAAACCUGGAUGAUGCCAGUAUCACAAAAGCAAAAUUGAAACUGAGAAGGCUGUAUAUAAUUCACUUAGUGGCAAAAAUUGCACUUUGUUUAAUCCUUUCAUGGAUUGCAGUGCAUUUAUGCUUUAAAUUGAGAUGAUUUAAUAUGGCAGGACACCAGCACAUUUGUACAUAAAAAGGUAUUCAUCACAAUCACUGCACAUGCCAAAGCAAAUAUUGCCUUCUAGUCUCUACUAUUCUCCACACUGAUGUAUUAUUAAAUAUGUACACAAAUACAUGGCAAAUUAGCUUUCGUGGAAGUCUGAAGAUUCAUCACUUCUUUUUACA